UGGCUGUGAGGGGGGUGAGCCCCUGGCCCAGGUUGCCCAGAGAAGCUGUGGCUGCCCCAUCCCUGGAGGGGUUCAAGGCCAGGUUGGACGGGGCUUGGAGCCACCUGGGCUGGUGGGAGGUGUCCCUGCCCAGGGCAGGGGGUGGCACGGGAUGAGCUUUAAGGUCUCUUCCAACCCGAACCAUUCCAUGAGUCUAUGAAGACCCAGCAGAACGUACUCACACAGCCAGGGCGGGCUUUAAGCACUAUCGGGCGCUGGGAAGGGCCGGAGCUGCCCUGCCUCUCCCGGAACUACAUUUCCCAGCAGUCCCCGCGUCGCGAGACCGGAAGUAGUAGGUGCGCCUCGCUCGCCGCCGCCGCCAUUUCCCGGCGGCCCCCGCGGCGGUGCCAAGAUGGCGGCGGGGAGCGGCGGAGGGCCGGCGGCGCGGGAGCUCUUCGCCGAGGGGUUGCUGCAGUUCUUGCGGCCGGCCGUGCGGCAGCUCGACGGGCACGUCCACGCCGUCAGGGAGAGCCAGGUGGAGCUGCGGGAGCACAUCGACAGCCUGGCCACAGAGCUUUGCCGCAUCAACGAGGACCAGAAAGUGGCGCUGGACCUUGACCCCUAUGUGAAGAAGCUGCUGAACGCCCGGCGCAGGGUGGUGCUGGUCAACAACAUCCUGCAGAACGCCCAGGAACGGCUGCGGAGGCUGAACCACAGCGUGGCCAAGGAGACGGUGCGGAGGAAGGCCAUGCUGGAGGCGGCAGGUGGCUACCCCCAGGGCCUGCCUGGCAAGUGAGACCCCCGCAGCGGGAUCCGCCUCGCACCACGGCUGUGCCGACAGCUCUGUGAGCUGGGCCGGAGCAGGAGCGGCCCCGGAUGGUGAGGGGGUGCGAGCCUGAAGGACGGGGGACGGAAUGGGCCGCUGGCAAGGGGAGCUGCUGUCCCUGUUUGUAGCAGCGUCCACAGUGCGGGAGGGGGCGAGAGGCCCCGCAGAGUGAGGCCGCAGCUCUUCGGCUGCAGCUGAAGGAACCAGGGGGACCCUGAGUUGUAUUUCCAGGUUUGUAAGCACUGUAAUAAAAGCGAUCACGUUGUUUAUGGGCUGGUGAGGCA